UAUAUAAGCUGGUGUCCCCUCUAACAUAAAUCCACACCCAUUUCAUUAGCAAAAGUUCAAUUCAGAGUUGUAGAGCACACAGCUCUUUUGUACAUUUUUGAGAAAGAUACGCUUAUCACCUCCCAAAGCAAUUAUAAUGACACCUACUCUAACAUGGAUCUUGUGUGUGUCGAUGUAUCUUGCAAGAUUGGGAAGUGGUCCAGACUUAGCAGGAGGAUCAGCUACCUCCUCUUCCUCCUCAGAAGAAGAUACUGAUGAAGCUGGAUUUGCAGUGUCUUUACAACCAGGUAUCACAACAGUGGGUGUAGGAAAUACAGUCAAAUACAACAAGGACAUUGACGAUCCCACAUCUCUUGCAUAUAAUAAGGAAGCAGGUGUUUUUACUGUUCCAACUAAUAAAGCUGGUACUUACUCAAUAUCUGUUAGCAUGAUGUCUGGCUUUGAACCCGCUCACCUAACUCUAAUGAAGGGAACAGAUAUUUUGGUGUGGCUAUUCACUAAUAAAACUUUUAACAUGGCAUCGCAAACUAUCAACGUUGCUUUGGCAGAGAACGACGAGAUUUCUGUACAAAUGAAUAGUGGAUCGGACCUGUUUGAUGUUUAUAACACUUUCAGCGCAUAUAAGAUAGCCUAAAUAUGAGAUGAUAAUUCAUCAUAUCAGCCUAAAACAUACAAUGGGCCCAUUAAAAUUAAGCAGUGAAUGCUAUUAAAUAAACUUUACAAUUUU